AUGGAAGACAAUGUAAACAUAACUGAUUUUUUCACUAGAGUUACGAAAUUGGUGAAUCAAAUCAAGGUAUGUGGAGAAGCAUUGACAUCAAGAUCAGUUGUCGCAAAGAUCUCGAGGUCAUUGGAUCCAAAGUUCGACCAUGUGGUGGUAGCAAUAGAAGAUUCGAAAGAUUUGUCAACAUUGACAAAGGAAGAGCUUCAAGGAAUGCUUGAAUCUCAUGAUCAAAGAAUGGUUGAAAGAGCUGCAGAAUUAGGCACCAAGGUCGAUUAUAUGGUAACCCACAAUAAGAUGCUUGAAACCCAGAUCUCUCAAGUGGCUCAGCAACAAGCUUCUCAGGCUAUGCCAGGAGGGUUAUUUCCUGAACAACCUCAACCUAACCCCAAGGGGCAUGCUAACGUUAUUUCCCUACGGAGCGGAACUACAUACAAUGAACCUAUAGAUCAUAGGUUGAAGAAACCAAAGCCACCAAAAAAGGAUGUUAUGACCACAACAGAGAAACAAGCAGUAGAGGAACCUGUUGAACCUGAGAAACAAAGAGAGGAAGAAGUUAAAAAUAAGGAAGAGAAACUCCACAUUGAGAUUCCCUUCACCGAAGCUAUCACCCAAAUACCAUCGUAUGCCAAAUUUCUAAAAGACAUCUUAACUAACAAACAUAAUCUUGACGAUCCUAAAUCUUUAGAAUACAAUUCAAUCACUGAAAACAAACUAGCCAAAAAGGAGAAAGGCCCUAAAAGUUUUUCUAUACUCCGUGUUUUAGAAAUUCAUGUCAUUGAUAAAGCAAUGCUGGAUUUAGGAGCCAAUGUGAGUUUGAUGCCUUUAGCUAUUUGUAAUAUAUUAAAUCUAGGAGACAUGAAACCAACUAGGAUGUCCCUUCAAUUGAACGAUCGAUCAGUUAAAUAUCCAAUAGGUAUAUUGGAAGAUAUUCCAGUUAGGAUUGGACAAAUUUAUAUUCCAACUGAUUUCGUUGUUAUGGACAUUAAAUAA